CUGUGAAGCUGAAGGGAAAGGUACAAGUCAAAUGGACUGAGCACUAUGGAAAGAUGACCAUAACAUACCGCAACAAAGAGAAGUACUUUAGUAUCAACCAAGUUGUCCUUGAGGAGGGCAAGGGUAAUAAUGUUGUUGGCCAGGGCUGCCAUGUCUACCCAUUCACCUUUAAGAUCCCUGAACAAGACCUGCCAUCCUCCUUCAAAGGCAAAUUUGGGAAGAUCCAGUACUCACUGGAGGCCAAUCUGAGCAGGUCAAUGAGAGUAGACACCAAAGCUAAGACCAAGUUCACUCUCAUCCACAAAGGAAACCUGAACAGUGAUCCAUCGCUGAUGACUCCACAGCACAGCAUCACUAAUAAAAAGAUGAAGCUCUUUACAUCGGGGACAGUUGGCAUGGAUGUAAAUAUUGCGCAAACAGGCUUCCACCAAGGGGAAGGAAUAAAGGUUGUGGCCUCCAUUCAGAACACAUCGUCUCGUGAAAUUAAGCCAAAGUACUGUCUGUAUAAGAAGUACAGUUACUUUGCGCAGCGCAGGAGAAAACUGGAAACCAAACCCAUCCUGAAAGAGGUGGGUGACACCAUCCCACCUUUGGCAGGUCAGACCGUCACCAGGAUCAUCACCAUCCCUCCCACCACGUGUGCGUCCAUCUUAAACUGCAACAUCAUCAAAGCAGAGUACCGGCUCAGGGUCUAUCUGGAUGUCAAGUAUGCUUCAGACCCUGAGAUCAAGUUCAACAUCGUUGUCCUGCCCGCUUUACAGGAGAAGCCUGAUGAUGGAGAGCACGUGCCUGUUUAUCCCACUUUAUUUGGUUUUUCUUAAUCCCUGUUAUCCAGGAAAAUGGCAAGAAUCACAACACUGUAAAUACUUUGGAUAAUGAUAGUGAGUGGAUCAUCUCCUGUGUCAAUGGACUUGAUUGCCAGUAAAUAACUUUCUUCACUUGAUCUCAUGGUGCUUUGUGCUCAUGAGGAAUACUGAAAUGUUGUAAAUGAUGUCAUAAAGAUUAUGGCUUUGCUUGCUUCUUUUAAACAAACAAUACAUACAUAAUAAAAUCUCUUAUUCCAGAGACAAUGUGUACUUUGAAAACUGUGAUGACUUUGUAAUGACUUUAUAAAUAUGGAAUUUAAUCUCCCGCUAUAUGUAAAUCAAUACCAUGAAGAAAGAAACGGGAGCUAAUAGAUGAGAAGAGAGUGAAUGGAAAUGAAAAAGACAAAAGAUCAUAUUUGUUUAGUUGAUGGAAGGAAUUAAAGAACGCAACCUUUCUUUUAUUUUUGUGAAAUAAAUUACUCACUUUA